AUGAGUACGGUGCAGAUACAAGACGAAGGAGAUGCACGUCUACUCGGUUCUCCACCCAAUAAUGAUGAGGCGAAUCUCACUAAGAGUGAAUCGAAGGCGGCUGAGAAGGCCCAGACUCUUGAUGGCAGCGCUGACAGUCGCCUACAGAGUCCUCGCGUUUCAACACCUCUUUCAUUCCAAACAUUUGGAGCUCAACAGACGAGUCUAACCCCUCGAGAUGGCGUAGAACGUCCAUCCUUUGACUCUGCCCAGUCGUCGUCUCCCAGCACCGAACCCCCUUCGACCCCUCACCGCCAGGACCCUUAUUUCCUUUCUUCCAUGAGCUCAAAAGUGACUACUGAAACCCAGACGGCAGACCGACCGACCAAAGUCCACCGUCGUUUUCGUAUUCACAACCCGGCCGACGCAUAUCGAACGACUCCAGAUUCACCAAAACCUACCCCUUUAUCUCCCCCACCACCUCGUACCACCAAACAGGACGAUGUAAAUGAGCCGACCCUUCGCCGAAUCGCCAAACGUCGUGGUCGCCCAGCCCUUGGUGUUACGACCUAUGCCCCAUCGGCGUCAAACAUCGUCGUAGAGGCUUCACCCCUCUCCCCAGUCGUUGCGUCCCCCAGGUCGACCAUGUUCCAAGUCGCCUCUCAGACGCCCAGUCCAGCUCCUAAUGCAAACUUUGCUCAAGCUGAACCAGCUGGAUUGCCAAUGAGCCCAGAUGUCACCCUGGAUCUUUCCGACUCGCAGGACCUCGUGUCUCCAAUGGGCACUCGACAUAUCACUACCCAAGCCCCACCAGCUCCAGAGAAAUAUGUCCAGUACAAGCCUAGACGGCGGAUCACUACCCCGCGCAAGCGAAGUUUCGUCUCGAGUCCUGUACCAGAUGAAAUCUUUCAGCCAAUUGUCCUCGACGAAACGACCCAAUCAGCGUUGAGAAAGUGGUCCUUUUCCGGUAAACCAGAAUCGCCCAGUGCCAGUUCGACACUUCUCAGGCGCUUUUCCAAGUUUACCCUCUCUGCAUCGGGCACGGCCGGUGGACCCACAUCGAGCAAGGCCUCAACCGACGAAGGACACGGCUACGGCUAUGCAAGCGAGGAUACCGGAUCGCGGCGGCUCAGUAUUGGCCGUCGUCUCUCUCAUUUUGUCACCGGCAGCCGUCGUCAAUCGUUUGCCGAUGCUCGUCCAGCUCCAGAGAGUCCAGAUAGGAGAAAGACGCCAUCUACCGAAGGUAGCACUACGCUCCACCCGAGCCAGCCGUCGACCGUGACCGUACGGUCGAGCGACGGGUGGUAUUCAACUAUUCCCUCUAGUCUCACGACCCAAGAGUCUGUUCUGUCGACCGUCGAACCCACCUUGGACCUAGAGUCACCAGAGGAUUCUACCAGUUUGCGCCCAUUCAAAAACGCAUCGUCUUCGUCGGUUGUCAUUCCCAAUCCACCGCAGCACGUCCAACGUGCGACUGGAGCAAACGUGGUUUCUCAGUCCAUGCCACCGUCGCCCAUAGGACCCAGCGCAGCGAGCGGAUUCCCUCGACCGGCGUCCUUUCAACCCCGUCGGUUCUCUGGGAAUGGCAGCACCAUUCAUGAUCCACUUGGUGGUGUGCCGGAACGAGAUGGCUCGGUUCGUCUACUAGACGCAGCGACGGCAGCAGCCAUCCGACGAUCCGUCGACUUUGACGACCGUGUCAAGAGGAGCGAGGAUAUGCUGCGGGCCGCCAUCUAUGGCCCAGCGAUCAACGCGUCUCCACGCUCGUCUACGGUCUCGAUUAGUCGCACGAGCAUGGACCGUGGACGGGGUGGGAAGCCGUACCAGUCCAGCCGUAGCCAGAGUUUGGACAAUCGGCAUGGACAACACCGUAUUCGUACGGGGUCGUUUGGAAACGUUCAUUCGAUGACGACUACGCGCGAUACUCGAGGUGGUGUCUUUUUACCGAGUAGUUUGGAACACCCCGACGACGGCAUCAAACCCCCUAUUGCUCGCGCCAAUACGACCUCGUCCUAUGCAACGCCGAUUAUGUCUCAUUCCCCGGUCCCCAUUAUGAAGCAUCUACCCAAGAUUGACGACAAUCACUAUACCACAACGCCCGUCCCGACUUAUGAACAUCCACUGCCGCUCCGUUAUCGGAUCGGAAACAAGAUUAGUCGUAUUUUCACUGGAAAGCCCAACUAG